GGCAGCUGGCCAUUCCGCAAGGCUGAAAGAUUUCAUCAAGUCUCAUUCCUCAUUCUCAUUUCACCUAUCUUUUUUUGUCAGAGGGACCGCAACCCGCACACUGACAUCUGAGGCCGAAACGGCCUCCAAAUUCGACACAGCGUGAAACAAUAACUCUAGUGCGAUGGCACCAGAUGGCCGGGCCGGGUUCCGCGGCGGGUCGAGGGGGAGGGGAGCAUUGAGAGGCAGAGGAGCAGGACCAGGACGGGGAAAGCGACGGGGAAAAGCCACGGCUCAAGAGCCGCCAAGUGCCCGGUUUCAUCAUGCCCGGUUGGCAUCGCAAGACGAGUCGGAGGACGAGGCUGGGGAGGCGUCCGAAGAUGAAUCUGACGUCGGCGCCAUGGAGUCGGGCUCGGAAGAUGAGGAGGAGCAAAAACAGCCUGCUCAACCCUACAUGAGCUUGAUGCGCAGCCUCGUCGAAAGUGCGCCUCAUAAGGCAAAGCGGCGGAAAUUGGACCAUGCUCCGGACGAUGACAAGGUGGCGUCGAAGCCAGAACCUACGGUUGAGCCCGCUAAAGACGAGGAGGGAGAGGAGGAGGAGCGUGACGUCGACUUAGUCGAGGAGCCGGAGGAGGAUCCGGCGGAUGCACCGCCCGAAGACCUGUUCGAUGAGGACGACAACCUGGACAGCUCCGACCCGUUCGAGGUGCACUUUGCCGACCCCAAAGAGGACGAGUUCCAGCCGAGGUUGAAGGCAGUCCAGGCCGGCAAGUGGCGCACGGAACGGGCAGCCGCCAAGUCGACGCGCAUCUUCCUCAGCGUCCCCGACGUCGGCGAUGCUGAAGGGAAGUCGUUGCCUGCACCUGUGUCGACAUUAUCCGAUCUCAAGCUCAAGAAGAGACUGCAUGAGGCUCUGGCGCCCAAGCACGCCAAGUUCGACGAGGUCGAGCAGACAAUAGCGCCGAUGCUAUUCAACUACCAGGACCUGCUCUACUGCAACCGCACCGUUUCUGGGUCACAGAGCGUCAGGAGGAUGGUCUGUCUCCACGCGCUGAACCACAUCUUCAAGACGCGUGACCGGGUUAUUAAGAACAAUGCGAGGAUAGCCCGGACUGAGGGCAACGAAGAUCUGGAGCUGAGAGACCAGGGCUUCACGCGCCCCAAGGUGCUGAUGAUCCUGCCAACGCGGCAGUCCUGCGUCAAGAUGGUGGACAUGAUCGUCUCCAUCUGCGAGCCGGAUCAGCAGGAAAACAGGAAGCGGUUCGCAGACGGUUACAUCGACAAACAAUCCAAGUUCUCGGACGACAAGCCGGAGGACUUCAGAGACCUGUUCUCGGGUAACGACGACGACAUGUUCCGGCUGGGCCUGAAGUUCACUCGAAAGACGAUCAAGUACUUCUCGCAGUUCUACAACUCGGACAUCAUCUUUGCCAGCCCGCUGGGCCUCCGCAUGGCCAUCGGCUCCGAAGAGGAGAAGAAGGUUGACUUCGACUUCCUCAGCUCGAUCGAGCUCGUCAUCGUCGACCAGGCCGACGCACUGCUGAUGCAGAAUUGGGAGCACGUCGAGUUCAUCUUCGAGCACCUCAACAUCCAGCCCAAGGACGCCCACGGCUGCGACUUCAGCCGCGUCCGCAGCUGGUACCUGGACGACCAAGCCAAGUACUUCCGCCAGACGGCCAUCUUCAGCGCCUUCAACACGCCCGAGCUGGCCGAGCUGGUCCGCGCGCACUGCCACAACUGGGCCGGCAAGGCCCGGCUGCAGCAGGAGUGCCCGGGCGUGAUCCAGCACCUCGGCGUGAAGGCGCGCCAGACGUUCAGCCGCUUCGAGGCGGCCUCGAUCGCGGCCGACCCGGACGCGCGGUUCGCCUACUUCACCAAGGCGAUCCUGCCGGUGCUGGCGAAGCACAAGGCGCGGGACGCCGGCGGCACGCUCGUCUUCAUCCCGUCGUACCUCGACUUCGUCCGCGUGCGCAACUACUUCGCCAACAACCCGGCCGCCGCGCACAUCAGCUUCGGCGCCAUCUCCGAGUACACCGACGUGCCCGAGGCGAUGCGCGCCCGGUCGCACUUCCUCACGGGGCGCCACAAGGUGCUGCUGUACACGGAGCGCGCGCACCACUUCCGCCGGUACCAGAUCCGCGGCGUCCGGCGCGUGGUCAUGUACGGGCUGCCGGACAACCCGCUCUUCUACCGGGAGAUCGCGGGCGGCUGCCUGCAGAAGAGCGAGCAGGCGCUGCUGCUGGAGCCCGGGCAGGGGGCGGUGCGGGUCAUGUUCUCCAGGUACGACGUGAUGAAGCUGGAGCGGGUCGUCGGCACGGCCAGGGUGGGCAAGAUGAUCCACGAGCAGGGCGAUACCUUUGAUUUUGUCUAGGCGGGGUUUUCCGUGGGAAUGCGUGUGUUGAAACAGCUAGUAGAUUGAUGGUGCAAACGGUCUGCCCGGGACGCCAAAUUGGAAAGAAAGAGGGAAAAAACCGCCAUGGC